CCGAUGGACGAGGCGGCCAAGGUGCGCGAGGCGGCGUGGCUUGUUGAGGACGCGUUCGUUGGCAUCGCCCGCCCGCACCCCGACAGCUCGCAGUCCAUUAACGUUGCAUGCUUUAACCUCUCGUACCGACUCUACUACCCCCGGCGGCUCGCGGUGCUGCUCCUCCUCCUUCUCUCAUAUGUUGAAGUGCCCUUUUGGUGCCGCGGUGUCGAUGCCCGUGCGCCGUGCGGAGACCCCGGCGCGUCUGUAACGCCGCUGACCUUUAACCUUCCGACGCUGUCGCGGUCGACGGCGUUGCUGGUCGAGUUGUGCUGCCUCGGCGUUGUCGGUGCGAGUGAUCUCCUUCUCGUGGUCGCCCUUCGACGCCACUUUGCUGCUCGGCGCGAUCGCGUCCUGGUACUGCUGCUCACUCUCGCCGCGUGCAUGAACCGCCUUUUCCUUGACGAAUUUGCAGCUCAAGUCGCCCUUUUCUUGCGCCUCGGCAUCUUUGUGCUGACGUUCCAGACGGUCCGGAGCACGUACCUCAAGAUGUUUGCCGUGCUUAACAAGGUCCAGCACAUUCUGAGCCUCGUCGCAGUGUACGUGUGCUUCUUUGGCUGGCUCGCUACGAUCUUAUUUCAAGACACUGCCGAAGUUACUCGCCCUUCGACACCUACGCUAACGCGUCUCACGCGCACUCUAGGCGGCACCAUGUCGACGUACGUCGAGUCGUCGUGGCAAAUGCUCAUUUUGCUCACAACUGCCAACUUUCCCGACGUUAUGCUGCCAGCGUACAACAAGAGCCGGUGGCAAGCGACCUUCUUUAUCUUCUUCCUCUGCUUUGGGCUCUUCUUCCUUCUCAACGUCAUUCUCGCCCAAAUCUUCUCCAAUUACCAGCACAUCGCAUCGUCGGAAGCCAUUGAUCUCGACGACAACCGACAACGCAUGCUCACCGAGGCGUACGAGCUCCUGAGCAGCAUGCGGCCACCGCCGUCCCCGCUGCAAGAAAAGCAAACACUCAUGUACUCGACCUCGCCACGUCGACACCCGCUCAACAUCGAUGCCGGACCGAGCCUAGACGUGAGCUUGUGCCAUCAAGUGCUGCUCGAGUUGCAGCGGUACCGUGCGGCGCCACGCACCACGCAGAGCCACCGCCUUUUGAUUGUGGAAGAGCUGGAUGUCAAGGGUCUUGGCUUCAUUGCGCGACAUGACUUUACGCGCCUUUGCGAGGUCAUGCUGACGAUAACGCGUGCUCGCGUGCACCAGCCGUCCGAGAUACAGCGCUGGUGUCCGCGCUUUGCGUCCACGCAUUGCUUCAGUGUCUUUUGUCGCACGGUGCAGCACCGGUUCUUUGAACUCAGUAUCGACAUCCUCCUCGUCCUCAACGCGCUUGUCAUCAUGAUCGAAUUUGCGACGCCGGCGCAUGCAACCGGCUUGCGCAACUGGGAGCUCGUCGACUCGGGCUUCUCACUGGUCUACGUGCUUGAAAUGCUCUGCAAGCUGCUCGUUUACGGCGCCAGCGCAUACUGGGAUGACGGUCGAAACCGUUUCGACGCGCUCAUCACCGUGACUUCGCUUGUCAUCGAUGCUUACGCCUACAUCCCGAACGCGUACAACGACCACAUGAUGGUCAAGGUGCUUCUGACGACGCGCUGUCUUCGGAUUCUUCGGCUCAUCAUGAACGUUUCCCACUACCGCGUCAUCUUUCUGACGUGGCUGCGCCUCCUCCCCGUCGGCAAGAGCUUGCUUCUCGUGCUCUUUUGCAACAUGAACCUCUUUGCUGCGCUCGGACACGUACUCUUUGGGGGAAAGAUCACACCGAACCGCAUGACGAGCGAGUUUCCCGCCUCGAGCUACACGACGAGUGGAUACGCGGCCAACAACUUUAACGACAUUCCGAGCGGCAUGGUGACACUCUUCGAGCUCCUCGUUGUCAACAACUGGUUUGUAAUCGCUGAGGGCCACGUGCUCGUGACGUCGAUCUACGCGCGCUUCUUCUUUAUCGCGUUUUGGCUCCUGGGCGUCAUCUUGACGCUCAACCUCUUUGUGGCUUCGAUUCUGGACGCGUUCGCUCUGGAGUUUGCUUCGAACCAGCGUCAGAUGACCGUCCUCAAGCCGUUCGCGACCACCAGUACCAGCAGUCCCUUGGCCCACACGUUCCUGCCAUCGCCGUGACGGCACCACGGAAUAGCGCAAUAUGUCUUCGUGGAAUCAGAUGUCAUU